UAGUCAAGCGGAGAACGCGCUUCGAUAUGGGCACGGAUGAGACAAAGGCCGGACCCUCGAGUCCGGGAAAGUACCUCGAUGAGGUCGACUUCACCAGCGGCUACGAGACCCAGUACCGGAAGGAGUACAGCCCCCUAAAACCGGUCUACGUACCGCCGCCGGAUAAGGAACUGGCCUGGUUCCGCAACUGGUCCACCAUCCUGAUGAUCAUCUUCCUGUCCCUGGUCUUCUUCAUCGGAACCGUGAUGCUGGUGGUCCAAGUUUUCACCACCAGUCCCCUGCAGAUCCUGAUAAUCGUGGCUGUCUACUUGGCCAUUGCCGCCGUUAUGAUCUGGCUGGAGGUUCAGUCCAGAAAAGUGAGGUGAAAUCAACAGUAUUGUGACUAACUUGCUGCGUUAUCGCCUAAAAAUGUCGCUCUAAUUUUCAACGGCGGCAAUCGAACUGUGUUGUGCAAACAAAUCGAAGCUUAACUAAAAAGGAAACGACUUUACCGAUUAGGCGCUAAGAACCGAAGAGAAAACAUAAUUUAAUAUAAGUUCAAAGUAAAGUAAAAAAUCGUAGUAAAAAUCCCUGUGUUUCAUUCCUGACUAGACAGUGCUUAUAACAUUCCGUGAGAACCCAUAAAAACGUUGGCCCGAUAAGGGGCUUUGUGCCAUUGAAGGAGCCAGAGAGAUAAGCAAACAAAAGUUAAUGGAACAACAAUGAAUUAUUUGCCACAGUUUGAGCCAUUUAACUGCAAAAUAAACACGCAUUCUGUGGGCCAUUGACAUAAAAAUAUAUUCAAUAUUCAUCAAACAGGUUAACAAAGCAAUGCCAACACAAUUAAUGCCUAUCAAUUAACUAUUUAAACGUAGUACGGUAAUUCGAAUUUAUUUAAUAGCUGCUCAUAAUGGAAAGUGCCAAUUGUAUCACAGUGAAGCAUAGUUUUCUUUAAUAAAAGUGGAAAAUGAAUCAGA